UCCGGGUGGGAUUGUGACAUGGGCGGGGGCGCAGGUCGUGGCCCCGCGGGCCCAGCUCAGCGGCGGGCGGCCAUGGAGCCGCAGGAGCAGUCGGGGCGGGCGGACGCCGCCGAGCCCGGGGCGAGCCCGGACGGGGCGUUCCAGGCCGUGGUGCAGCGGACGCAGGUGCUGCUGCUGGCCGGGGAGACGUGGGAGCCGGACCGCGCCCAGGCCGCGCUCAGCUCCUUCGCCCACGAGGUGCUGCCCGUGGCCCGCCGGCCGCCCAGCCCCGCGCCGCCCAGCGCGCCCCCGGCCGGGCAGCUCAUCUUCUUCCUGUGCCGCGCCCCGUCGCUGCGGGGCCGGGCCGAGCGGCUGCGGGAGGUGCUGCGGGGCGUGCGGGAGCAGAGCCGCGGCGCGCCCGCCGCCCUGGUGGGGGUGAUCGUGCAGCCCCGGCCCGAGGAGGAGGCGGAGGCCCGCCGCCGCCUGGAGGAGCUGCUCCUCGAGGUCUUCCAGCCGCCGGGGCCGGGCGCCGCGCCGCGGGUCGAGGUGCACACGGCCGUGUUCCGCCCCGGCCGGCCCGAGGGGGCCCUGGAGGUGAAGAAAGCCGCUUGCGAGGCCGUGCGGGAAGAGCCAGAAGACGCUGUUUGGGUUUCACGAGCCACCCUCUUCAAAGUCCUGGGGGCGCUCUGUGUGGCGUGCGCUGGUAUUAUCGGAAGCCAGUACAUGAACAUUCGCACCUGAGACGGUCCCAUCGGGCCUGCUCCCUGCCUACAGUUACGGCUUACAUUAGCCGCCAUCUUUUGUGCUCCCUCUGUUGCAUCUACUACAGAAGCUAUUCCUGGAGCUGGGCUGAAAUUCUCCAGGAUUCUCUACAAAGUUUUGGGAAGCGGGAAGAUGCAAACAUUCACCCCAGCUUCCCAAAGCCAAGAGAGCAACAACUUUUAUACUCACGCUACUGAGUUAUCCAUACAAUGGAGAGGAAACCAAUUAUAACCAAAUAAAACUUACCAAAGUGUGUUUUCUCUCUAAGCAAAACGUAAGUAUUAACAUUAGUCACGAGGCAGCUAACUUGCCUGUAAAUCUGUGGUUUGUUUUUCAUUAAUAGUGUAAUCUACAGAGGUGUUACUCAGGCCAUGAACAACCAUAUGUUGUAGCAUUCUAUGCAUGUUACCUAGAACACACUGCUACUAUCUCCUAACCUGACGUAUGUGUUUUCAUUUUUUUUCCAGAUCAUCUGUCCACCUGGAUCUCACCUGUCAUCCAAAAUAAAAAACAUCAGCACCCGU